GCCGGAGAUAGUAUAGAAGAGGUUCGUUGACCGUCACUGUGCGAAGUACAGUCGAAGAAGGCCAAUUUCAAAGAAGCGUUGACGACACCAAGAAUAUGCCAGCUUCACUCGUGUGGGCAACGGUGGGUACAUAUUGCCUUAACCGCACUAAUCAUGCCCCUUCGACCCCCACCGAUCAUCGCUUCGCCUCCACAUUGUACACGCUGAUUGCAGAUCGGACCCGUAGUAUCAAUUUCAUCGCGGGGUUCCUGUCACAACGUUGCACGCAGGCCGUUUUGAUAGACUCAGGAAGCUGCACUAGCGUCAUGCUGCGUGCGAAGACUAGAGUCAAAACGCCAAUUACCGUGGAAAGAAUGACGAUACAGGAGGGAAAUGCCGUUCCACGCCGGAAGCGGCCUCUCGAACUCGUCCGAACGUACCCUACCGGAAUGAAUGGCACUACAGGAGAACAGGAGAACAGGAAACCGGCCGCCGAACCUCACCGUACAGGUACUCUUGGGCGGCGGCCUAACCAUGAGCUAGCGGUCACGCUCUGGACAAGUCUGAAUUUUCUGCAUUACGAAUGCCAUGAUCCCCAAUGAUUCUGACCCACACGCGUUUGUCAGUUGUGCCGGAAUAUGGCGUCCGUCAUUCCGCUUUCCGCAUUCAUAAUCACGGUCUCGUACGAUCAAGCCCGGUCAUGCAGGCAACACGGGGAUGUACUCCUAGUCUGGAACGGUCACCAUGUAUCGUACGCUUGCGCCUCCUCCCUGAUGCGGCUUCAGCGAUAGAGCAUCGCACAUCCUAUUCAUUGGACAGUCUCCUCAUUGUUCUGGCGGCCAAAGGUGGGCCACAUCGUGCUCGGAUUUCAUGAUUUUGUCACUGAUGAUU